UCUGCUGGGAACUACAUGGUGCUCAAUUUUUCAAGAUGUCGUCGCUGGAACAGAGGCUGUCGCGAAUCGAGGAGAAACUAAAGCAGGAAAAUAAAGAAGCUCGCCGGAGAAUCGACCUCAACAUCGACAUGAGUCCACAGCGAUCACGUCCCAGGCCAACGCUCCAGUUGCCCCUGGCCAACGAUGGAGGCAGCCGUUCAUCUUCCUCAGAGAGCUCACCUCAGCACCAUCCCUACCCCAGCCGCCCACGACACAUGCUCACCCUGCCCACACCUCAGUACGGCCUGCAGAAGAGCCUAGAGAAUGCAGAGAUCGACCAGAAAUUGCAAGAGAUUAUGAAACAGACUGGCUACCUGAAGAUUGACGGCCAGCGGUAUCCAGCAGAGGUGACAGAUCUGAUCAGUGAGGGGGAGAUCGGCAGCGGGACGUGUGGACAGGUCUUCAAAGUGCGCUUCAAGAAGACAGGCCAUGUCAUCGCUGUCAAACAAAUGCGUCGGACAGGAAACAAGGAUGAGAACAAAAGGAUCCUGAUGGACCUGGAUGUGGUGCUGAAGAGUCAUGACUGCCCUUACAUCAUCCAGUGCUACGGCGCCAUAGUUACCAACACGGAUGUAUUUAUUGCUAUGGAGCUGAUGGGGACGUGCGCUGAGAAGCUGAAGAAGAGAAUCCAAGGUCCCAUCCCUGAACGAAUCCUAGGAAAGAUGACUGUGGCAAUAGUGAAGGCGUUGCUGUACCUGAAGGAGAAGCAUGGCGUCAUCCACCGGGACGUCAAACCCUCCAACAUCCUGCUGGACGCUAAGGGCCAGAUCAAACUGUGUGACUUUGGUAUCAGCGGACGCCUUGUCGACUCCAAGGCCAAGACCCGCAGUGCUGGCUGUGCCGCCUACAUGGCGCCUGAGAGAAUAGACCCUCCAGACCCCAGCAAGCCUGACUAUGACAUCCGAGCAGACGUGUGGAGCCUGGGCAUCUCUCUGCCACUGUUAAUCAUUUCUUUUGUUUUGGGUGUUGUGUGUGCUCCUGUCCUGCAGGUGGAGUUGGCCACAGGACAGUUCCCUUACAAGAACUGCAAGACAGACUUUGAGGUUCUGACCAAAGUGCUGCAAGAAGACCCUCCUCUCCUUCCUCUUAGCAUGGGCUUCUCCCUCGACUUCCAGUCCUUCGUCAAAGACUGCCUCACAAAGGAUCACAGAAAAAGGCCAAAAUACCACAAGCUGCUUGAGCACAGUUUCAUUCGGCGUUACGAGGUGCUGGAAGUGGACGUGGCCGGAUGGUUCCAGGCAGUGAUGGAGCGCACCGAGUCGCCGCGCAGCAGCCAGUGUUACAGCCACCAGCACCAGCUCCACUCGCUCUUCAGCAGGUAGCCUAGCCUAGCCUAGCCCAUCUCAGCGUUAGCUUAGCCCGACGCUAGCCUAGCCUAGCUUUAGCUUUGCCAAGCCCGGCCUUAGCACAGCUCAGCCCUAGCCUAGCCCAGCGUUAGCUAAGCUUAGCGUUAGCUCAGCCCACCUGUCCACCCAGGAGAGCCUGGAGAGCCUGCUGUCUGGAGCCCGAUCGGAGAGGGGGAUGAAGACUUGGUGGAGGGCUCUGGAUGGACGGAUGGAGUGAUGGAUGGAGUGAUGGAUGGAGAGAUGGACUGAUGGAUAGAUGUGUUUAGGGUGGGUUUAUUUGGCCACGUGUUUUAAUCUGGACAGGCAGACGCUGUACGGUGGGAACAGAAAAAGAUGCACACUGUAGUUAGCUUCAGUCGUUUACACACUCAUGUUACAUCACGUUAUCAUAUCGGCACAUGUCACAGGUGGUAUUCUCAGUGUAUGUACAGCCACACACAUUUCAGCUUGAUUCGUUAACACACACACGACUAUGUAUCUUGUGUUUCUUCAUGAUUUCCGCCACUCUUCACUGUUCAUUUACCUUUGUGUCGGUUUCCAGCAUUGAUCCGAGUUGUUGGAUCGGUCAACAGAGUAGUCACUACACACUGGAACAAAGCAUCUGCUACAUUAGUGUACAGGAAUUUCUCUUUUACAUAAACGUUAUGACACAGUUGGACACAGUAAGGUCCGGUGCAAUUAUGAGUCUUCAGGUGUUUCUACUAUCACAGAUUCUCAGGCUGUGUGUGUGUGUGUGUUUGUGUGUGUAUGUGUGUGUGUGUCUGUCUGUGUGUGCGUGUGUGUGUGUGUAUAUAUCAAGACACAGUUGUUGAUUGUUUUUUUUUUUUUUAGAUAUUUUCCUAGGUGUUUAUUCACCCCGACACUACAACUGUAAUACACAAAUGAGCGUAAUCUAUUUUUUGCUUCAUUUUUAAUUCCUACAUUUUUAAGUAUAGCAAUUAUGAUCCUCAUUAACCUGGUUUGGAAAUGUGUUUAGAAUAUCCAUCAUUUUAUCUAGCAGCUGCACAAUUGGGAAAACUGCAGAAAAUACAAAAAAAUUAGUAUUGUGUUCUAGCUUUGUAGAAAAGGAGUGGUACAUGUUUUCAUUAUUAUUAUGAUUAUGAUUAUUAUUACUAUUAUUCAAAAUGAUGUUGAUUGGAACUAAAAGAGCGUUAUAAGACAUGGAGGGAUGUGUUGAGUCAAUAACAUGAGUUAGAGAGAAGGAAAUAGUGUGGAAACAGGACGUUGUUCACCCCCUAUCUGAGGAGGUGCCAGUGGACUGUCCAGCUGUUACGAGAAUACAUGAGUUUGAGAGAAAAGUGCAGAAAGUUGUAGAAGAAGGGAGCUGAAUGCUGUUUUUUGGUGUCAAGUUGUCAAACUGUUACCGCUGCAAAAGACGAACAAGUGUGAAGGCAAACUGGAAGUCAGAGUAAAUGAAAGCCGCACUGUGCUCUUUCAUGAAAACGGCUAAGAACAGAAGCUUGUACAAAGAAUAUAAAGUAGUUGAUGUUAAUAGCUGUGGAGCAUCUCUUUACUUGUUUGUUCUCUGUCUACCUCUUUUCUUUUCACUCUUUCUCGCCUCUCUUUUGUCCGCCUCUGCUGUUUAGUGUGGUGUAGCGCUCCACAGUGUUAUCAGACCAAAGGCUGGGUGUAGGUUGUCGUUGGCGGAGGGAAAUCAGAGAGCCAGACUGGUCUCUGGAGAAUUUCAGUCAAGUGUAUUUCAGAUAUAAGUGAAACACAUACAGAAGGCUUGAUUUAUCUUGUGAUUUGUUGUACACUCUAGAUCAGGGGUUUUUAAAGUCUGAGACUGUGGGCCUCCCCUUGCACAAAGCGUAGAAAAAGUCUUGAGUUAUUUAGCUCAGUUCCUGGAUGUCAGCAGGAUCAUUUAGCUGCUAUUUGAUCACAAAGACACUCAACAGUUAAAGCUAAACUAGCCUAGUAGUGCUGUUCCACAUAAUUUAAAAACUGCACACAAAUACAAUACAACCUGACUCCAAAGGCAUCUAUUGGUUUGUGUGACUCUUGAAAAGUGGGCAAAAACAGUAACACUUUCCAGAAUUCUCUCUGAGCUGCCCAUUAACCAAAUGACAGAUAUUUAGGCUAUUCUACAGGACAGUCUCCUUUUGAUGAAUAGUAAAAUCUGUUUCUUUUAACAUCAAUUUCUCAACCCCACCGAAACAGCUUGGCACCCCUGCGGGGAGGCCAGCCUCUCACUUUGAAAACUCCUGCUCUAAUUGAAGGUUUUGAUGAUGGCGACAGUGUCCGACAAGAUAAACCAAGCACACCUGAACAACUCAGCAUAUUUGAAAGUACUCAGAUUAUAUAUAUUUAUGAGCCAGGUCUACAGAGAGCACUCUAGAGCUCCUGACUAGAGUCAUAUUGCCUCCCCUGUUGCAGGGCCACAGCCAAAGUCUGCUAGAUCUGCAGAGUCAGACCUCCCCCUGCCCAUCACGCAUCAAGCCAAAUCACUGCUAGGCACAGAGAACUAAGGAGUGGCUAAGGACAGAGAAAAGGCAGGAAAGUAACCAAGACUGAGAGAAAGAGAGAACAAGGAAAGUGGACUGAUGGCAGAAUGGUCGAGAGGUAAUGAAAGGACGGGAAAAAGAGAGGAGAGGACCGAGUGAGGUGAGGUAGGAAAAGAAAGUGUUAAGAAAGUGGGAUUGAAAGCUUAAGAGAGGUCAGAGACGAAGGGCAACUGGAUCUGGUAUGUAUGACAGGACGUAAGUGUGUGUUAAAGGAAAUGAGGAGAGAAAAUGGCACCCCAAGUUUCACAAGGCUGCCAAGCUCUGAGGCUAGCUGGAUAUUGUAAACAAAACAAAAAAAAGCUUUCAUGGUGUUCUACCAACCUACCAAUUAUGACUGUAGUGUCUGAGUUAGCCUUUGUUUUUGUGAUGUUUAUUGUUUUAUUCAAGAUAUUUAUUUACACUGCUACUGCUGCUACGUUUUUAUUGCUUUAGACGCUGCUGUCAAUUCUUUUCCCCAAAGGACGUACUUUUUUUUUUCUUUUUAAGCCAAAUAAGUGAAAUAAUGCAAUGUCUACACUUGUUACCAAAUACAGAAGAGCAAGUCUGACGAUAGCAAAGGCAAGUGAGAGACCAGAAGAUUUAAUCAGAGGAGAAAGUGCAAGGAGGUGGAGCUAGUUAAAUAGAUUAGGUUGGCAUCAUAAAACUACUAACUCACACAAGGUAUACACACACACCUCACCUCUAAUGUAGCUCUAUAUGUAAUGAAAGUAGUUAGCUGUUUUUAUCCUCAUCACACUACAACACUGCACUGUGUAGAUACAAUUAGAGGGGAGUGUCUGUCUGUCCAGAUGUUUUCGGGACUGACCUCUGCUGGUCACUCUCCAUCACAGCAAAGCAUCCCAGCCAUCCUUUACUCUGUCCAUUCAUCCCUCCGUCUGUCCACGGGCUGCCUGCAAGCUUGACGACCUUGACAGUUCACACCAAAGGUGUCCACAACUAAACAAAAAUACGAAAGAGCGUUGUUGUUAUUCUUAAGACUAUUGUUAUUGACAUUAUAAUUGAUUACUCUGACUACAAUAUAUAUGAAAUCUCUCUAUAGCUAGUGGGGGAGGGGUUGUAGGAUAGCAGUGCCUGUGUGUGCGCGCGUGCGUGUGUGUGCGCAUGUGUCGUGCAGGGGGAGACUGGAGCUCUAACACCUGGCUGGGGCUAAGCAGUCAGUCCAGCUAAAUAAUCCCGUGUUGUCAGUGGGUCUGUGGUCAGCUUAGCUGUUGAGCAUCUGACCUCCCAAACAGGAGCGCUGAUCUGACGCUGCAGUCAGCCUUGAACUGUGAAUGCGAUUACGUCAGCAAAAUAGCUCCGAUGAAGGACACGCUCUCGGGUCAAGGGCUCAUUUUGGCAAUCAUUACACAUGACAGUCCCCUUUUACAAUCCAGUUUAAUUUUGACUGUUCUGCGUUGUUCAACCCUCCCAAAUAAAUCCAUUACAUAAAGAUAUGGAUCUGGUGCUUUGCAUACAUCAGCUGUACUGUACCGCCAGCACACCCUGAGAUUUAAGAGCAAGACCCACGUCUACUCUCUGGUGAAGUGAUCGAUGAACAACUCUCUCAGUUUGAAACGAUCAACAGUCCCCACUCUUGAAGAUGGUGCAACCUACUGUCACCAAGGAACGUAUUAAGAUGUCUUUAUACCUUCCUUGACUGUCACUAGGAAAGGUGCCAUUAAAAUAGAAAGCACUGUAUUUGUAUCUUGACACUCUAGUGUCCACUCUAUGAUCCCAGGUGCUAUGUUCAGUCUGUGUAAUUUUUCAAACUGAAAGCCCCCCUGUGUUCCUUCAGUCUUAUGUUCUCUCAAUGUAAAAAGAAAAAAAUCCAUCCUUAUAUCUAAAAAAAAAAAAUGCAUCAUCUGGUAAUAUGUGUUGAAGAACUUUAUCUGAAAUGAUUUUUAUGGUCAUCCUGCUUCCAAAGGCACUCUCGUAUUGAAUAACACAAUUUAUUAACAUUAUAAAACAUUAACAAUUGCCAUUGACAUGAACAACAUCAGCCACAUAAUUAACAUUAAACAUUUGCAAUGUAUACUAUCCUAUGCUCCCUCAACAUAAAAAGAAUAAUGUCCAUGUCAUAAGGUAAAAAGCAUAACCUGAUAGUGCAGUGCAUGGGCAGUAAAUAUUCUGAAAUGGUUUGGAAAAAAAAAAUUACAUUUAGGGAAUAUAAGGCCACAGAUAACGCUCCCACCACAAAAUGCAAGUUAGACCCAGUCUCCCACUGUCAGGGUUCUCCGUUCUUAAGCUGAUGUGUUUUUACAAACACACACACACUCACUCGAUUGUGAUUCACGUUUCCAAACACCUGAUUGGGUGACGGUGCCACAUUUCACCUCUCUGAAACCAAUCGGUCAGGUCAGGCCAGGUGUGCUUUCACUAAGAAUUUUUUUUUGACUGUCAGUGUGUUUGUCUCUGUGUGUGUGUAUGUGUGUGUGAGGGGGAGCAUUUUGUGACAUGUAUGAUAGUAGGGGUAGGGGAUGGGGACUAAUUUUGACCAAGGCCAACCACACACACACGAACACACACACACACACACACGCACGCACGCACACAACCAAAUGUAUCAAGUUAUUCUACUCAGCAGUGCUGGCUACUGCCAUUAGUGGCUUUAUGUAUAUUAGCUUGGCAGGUGUGAGGCCAGCUGUGUGUGUAUUAAAAAAAACAAAAGAACAACCACAAACCCAGAACACAAAUAGUUCAUAGCGUGCACCUGCGCUGUGCCUUGGCACCGAGGGAGCGUGUGUGUGUGCGCGCGUGUGUCAUAACCCAUCUGUAAGUAAACCAAAUAUCAUUUUCACUAUGCAGUCAUUCAAACCAUGUCAGCUUGCUUCAAUGGAAAAAGCCUCCUGUAUAUACACAGAUGUGUGGAGAAACUGGAGUUAGCGACAGUAUGAGAUGUUUUUCUUUGAGACCCUGGCCUCCCCCAGCCUUCCUCCCUGGGACAUCACCGCCUUCAGCUAGUUCACAGCGUUUAACGAGCAGAGAGAGAGAGAGACAGAGAAACGGGGCGAGAGAUGUGUUUUGAAUGAGCUGACAAAAAUAUUUAAGGAUUGUAUCGGGGUUGGGGAGGGACGGGGUUUAGACUGGGGCUUGUAGUUUUUGGGAGAUAUAGAUCAAUGCUGUAAAGUAUAUCAAUUGCAUGUUAUUGUCACCGCUGUAACUGCCAUUGAUUCUUUUUUUUUUUUUUUUUUUUUUAGACAAAGUUGGGCGGGGCGUGGGGAAUGCACAAAACUUUAUCUUUAUUUAUGAUUUUUACACAUAUUAUAUAUUCUUUUUUUUUUUGGCGAAAAUGUUGAAUUAUUGUAUACUUAGGAAAAGACACACUUUUGCCUUUUGUAUGUUCUCUCUCGAUUUGCUAUUUUGCAAUAUUCAUUUGUGCUUCAGACCCAUCACCAGCUGAUGGAAGAGGAGGAUGAGUAUUUUCUAAUUAGAAGACUACGCCGCGCCUCCGUUUAGAAACUCGACUUCCUGUUUCCCUUCACGUGCCGUGUGUCUUCCUUUUUAGUUAGCAGUGUGCGCGAGUGGAGAGUGCGUGAUGUUUUUUUGUGUACCAAAAGUCUUUAUUGAUGGUGAUUAUUAUUAUUAUUAUUACCUUUUUUUUGUCAGUUGUUUUGUUUUUUAUGAUAAUUAUGAUUACUGUUGUUAUCAUAUUAUUAUUAUUCAGGGCGAAGAUGACACCAAAUUGAACAAAGAAAUAGAUGAAAGCGGGGAGAGAUGAUAGACAGUGUGACAGAGGAAGUUGUCUUUCUGUCUGUCUUUCAAAGGUGUGUCUUUUUCUGGCGAGGUGGAGCCUUAGGUUUUUUUGAUUGCUCCACUGCGGUCUCUUUCCAUCUUGCACCGCCACGUCAUAAAAAUACUCUCUGAACUGAAACUGUAAUAGUAUUUUCUUUUUUAUUAUUAUUAUUGUUAUUAUUUCUCCUGUGAUCAUAUAUGAUGAUCAGUUUCUUUGUUGUUACCCCGGUUUGGGUCAUAAUUUGUGUGCUGUCAUUUUAUCCUUUAUCCUUUUUUUUUUUUUUUUUUUUUUUAAUUUUGUUUUGUUUUGUUUUUUGUUUUGUUUUCCCCAUCCCUGCCAAACCCACCCCCACCCUUACUACUUUUGAUUUUUUUUAUUUUUUAUUAUUAUAAUUAUUAUUUUAUUUUAUUUUAUUUCUGGUUUGUCUGACGCUGUAGUGGUGAGCUGUUUGGUCAAAACUACCAGAGCUUUUUUUUUUUUUUUUCCCUAAUGCUGAGACUGUCAUGAAUGAUGUUGCACUUGUGAUGGCUUUUUUAUUUUAUUUUUUUUUUAUAUUUGUCUUUUGUUUGUUUUGUUUAGCAAAUUGGAGAGGGGGGAUGUUGGGUGUGCAAAAGAUGUGCAAACGUUUUUUUGUUUUGUUUUUUCCUUUUUUUUGUUUAAGUCACAGAAGUUAUUUUAUCAAUCAUAGAUCUGUGACACAGAGCUAGAAAAUGAUUCAACAGUGUAUUUUUUUUCACUGAUAUUUAUUUAUUGGUCAUUUGUAUGUUUAUUAUUUUUUUGUUUAUUGCUUUUUUUGGGGGGGAGGGGGGCAGGACACAAGGUAUCGGAAAGGUCUAUCAUUGGCAUUUUACCAUUGUAUACAGAAGCCAAAAUAUUGCAUUCAACCGUCACACUAACAAACAAGUUAUAUAGUAUCAGAUAUACAGGUUUAGGUAGAUCUACAGUAUGAUAAGGUGCAUUAUCGCUGGCUUUAGGGUGUCUGUCCCUGUUGACAUCCAUGAAUUUGUCCACCGUUAGACCUCCCAGCAGGCCCAAACAAACCGUUCAUGGUUAAAAGCUCAGUAGCCACAGCUUAGUGUAUUAGAAAUCUAGUGCUUUUCUAAUUCUCAUGAAGUUAAGCUUGUAUUGUUUGAGACUUGGAUUGGUUUUUAAUCAGCAAAUACUGAAUGCCAGCUACAAUCCUAAAGCAGAAUAGACAUUUUAUGUUAAGGUAUUUCGACUGAUGAUAACUGCUAUUAUUGUGAAGUGGACUGAUUGGCUUCCUAUUAACUGGCACUCCCUGUUAGCAAGGUGGGAAAAGCCUGCUUUGAAAAGUGUUUGAGGUUUUAUUUUUUUAUUAUUAUUAUUAUUUUUUUUUUUUUUAGAGAAUGAUUGCUUGUGUUCUCGAGGUUUUAAACACAGUUCUCAGUCUAGAUUGCAUGACUUGCUAGUUCGCAGGGAGGGAAAAGGAUGUACUUCAACCACGGCUGUUGCAGUUGUAAGGCUUUUUUGUAUGUAAGACACCAUGGGUAUAUUGUCUUGACAGUUGUAUCAAUCUACACAGCUUUACUGUUUCACUUUUUAUUUCCUUUGUUUUGUUUUGUUUCCCCCCCAGUCUCAUUUCAAACAGAAUAAAUGCCAUUAUAUUGUGAAUACCUCAGGAUUUUUUUGGAGAAAAAAAAACACUUAAAAAUCAAAUAAAUAAAUAAAAACUCAUAAAAAGUU